UUUGUGUGUUGUGUGUCCUCGGCACCAGGAAAUUGUCGGUCGCCUGUAAAAAGCAAUUUUUUCAGUGGAAAUAGAACAGCGAAGCCGGCUAAACAAGCCGUAAGUGGUACAUCGAUUCCCCGGGAAUCGUUUUCCGGCCGGUACAGAAGGAAGCAAACGGAACCGGGUCGAAAUUCAGCAUCGGGUUUUCUUGAAGUUAUUUUUUUGUGUGGUGAGGCACGGUGCGUGUCUUGGUCCCUAUCAGAAAUCAGUAAGUUUUUUUUUAUGUGAUCUACCAAAGAAGGAAGAGAAAGGACGGUAGUACGCGGUUUCCUGGGGGGAAAACUAAUACAAUAAUUGAAGGUUGCGAGCGCCCGGCGCUUGAUUCCCGAAAUUCUGAGUGAUUCUUCGAUUUCAAUAGUCUGUAUUGCGGGACCCGGAAAGGAUAUAUUUGAAGGAAGCUCGCGAGAAAUAAAUUUUAAUCGGCUCAUCCAUCGUGAAUUUGCUGCUGACGAAGAGUAGGUGGAAGAAGAAGAAAAAGAAGCGUGGAGAGCUUUGGUUGAACUUGCUCGGUGGAGUUGCGAUCCCAUUAUUUUUUGGAUGGUAUGUUCGAAAUUGUGUAAGCCAGAGCGGGACGGCAAUGUGACGGUAAAGAAAACGCAAUCAAAAAGGACAAGCAAACAAAAAAAAAUCUCCAUCGUUUAGUGGCCAGGACGGGGACAUUUCAUCAUCACGCAGGCACUUCCGGGAUGUAAGGAAACCGGCUGGAUUUCCCAAAAUGAUCGCCGGGAAUGGGAUUCUCGUAAAAGUUAGAAUGGAUGUUGUAUCUGACCUCGCAGUGGAUGUCCUGCCACCAGGCCCAGUGUUAUUUUCCGCCUAAACAGUGAAACACAAAGCUCCUCUCGUUUAGUAAAGAUCAGUGUUUGUACAAAUUUCAAUUUAAAUAGGACAGCAAUAACCAACUUGUGAAUCGUGUGCAACGCGCGUAAUCAACAAUAGUGAACAAUUCUCGAUGUAUCGAUGUAUGAUAAAUGUAUAGUUGAUGUGUGUUCUAAGCCAAGCUCAGAAUUGCUACUAAACUGUUCCGCUGCAAGACGCAGCUACUAGUGUUUGUUUUUGGAUAAAAAGUUAUGACAGAUAACCUGGGUAUGGCUCAAUAUCGUAUGCCAGGCCCGGGACUAGGAUGUCCACCGGAUUUCAAGUCACCCUCCGAAUCUCCGCAACUGCCAAUUUCGGCACCAAGCCAACCAAAAAAGCGGAGGAAAACGUCGAAUGCAAACAAUGCCAACUCGGUAGUAACACAACCUACCCCGACACCAUCUCCCCAAGAUCUACUGCCGCCACCUCCAACGGGAUACGGUGACACUAUUGUGGCAUCAAAUCCUUUCGAUGACACACCGACUCAUACACCUCCCUCGCAUUUGAGCCACAUGCACCACGGAGGUCCGGGAAUGAUGGGCCACAUGGGCGGUGGAGGAAUGGGCCACGGAGGUCCGAUGGGAAUGAAUCAUAUGGGAAUGCAUCCGCAUCAUAUGGGUGGUCCGAUGGGUCAUCAUGGUCCACCACAUGGGCCUCCUCAUGGUGGGCCAAUGCACGGCAUGCCUCCUCACGGAAUGAGUCAUGGUUCUCCGCAUCAUGGAAUGGGACCACACGGUCCGAUGGGUCCCGGAGUUCCUCAGGGUCCUCCGAUGCGAGGUAUGAGCCCAAUGGGAAUGGGCAGUCCGAUGGGACAUCCUAUGCAUAUGAACGCUGGAAUGGGACAGAUGGGUGGAAUGGGCCCACAUGGUCCGAUGCAACGAGGAGGAAUGAGCCCGAUGGGAACGAUACCUGGUGCGCAAAUUGGAGGUUUAAGUCCAAUGGGUGGCAUGAAUCAGAAUCUUUCACCCAUGGGACCUAUGGGUGGAAUGUCGCCAAUGAGUCAGCAGCAAAUGAACAACAAGUCUGUCGGAAGUCCAAUGAGUGGCGGUAAUAUCGGAAGUCCCAUGAAUUCUAUGCCAGGCAUGGGUUCACCUCAUGGAGGACAGGGCCAGAUGAUAGGAAGUCCCAUGAACACGAGUGGCGGCCAUAUGAACAACGGACCAAUGGGUCCGCCUAUGAAUAGUCCUCUUGGCAACGGUCCCCCUAAUCAUGUUCCUCUGGGCCCAAAUUCGGCAGGCCAUAGUCAACCAGUAUCAUCGGCAGGUCCGACAGUUGGUGGCCAAACAUCACCGAAUGUCGCAACUGGCGUCAGUAGUAAUAAUAGGAUGAACUUACCCAAUGGUGCAAUGACAAAUCAACAAUCUGCAGGCAACCUCAAUCAAUUACCUCAUCAGAUGGGUCCUCAGCAGCCACCGAACAGUCAACAGCAAGGUCCUCAACAGCAGCCCAUUCAGCAGCAGCAACAGCAACAACAACAGCAACAGUUGCAAGUUAGUCAACCUAAUCAAUCGCCAUCGAUGAUGCCUGGUCAACAGCAAUCGAUGAAUCCAUCCCCGGCAGCUCAAUCGCAACCUUUGCCACCCAAUCCACCCCAGCCACAGCAACAAUCGCAUGCAUCUCCACUUCCGCAUCAAUCUCCGCACGGCCAACACGGCCCCCCUAGUGGAGGAGGUGGACCAGUGGGUCAUAUGAUGGGACCAGGUGGACCACAGCAACAGCAAAUGAAUCCAGGCGGUAUGGUUGGUCCAGGAGGUGCUAACAUGGGAGGUAUGAGCCCCGCUGGAAUGGGUCCCGGAGGUAUGGGAGGAAUGCCACCGAACUCAAUGGGUGGAAUGAACCAUCAUCCGCCACAUCACCCAGGAAAUCAUCAACAAAAUCCUCAUAUGUCACCGGGAAUGGGAGUCCCGGGAGGCCCAAAUAAUAUGCAUCACAUGGGAAUGCCCCCGCACGGGAACAUGCCACCAGGACACGCGGGUCAUAGGCCCCCGAUGGGUCCCGGAGGACCAAUGGGGCCGGGAGGACCUGGAGGAAUGGGCAUGGGAGGCCCGGUAGGAAUGGGUGGCCCAAUGGGUCACAUGGGAGGUAUGGGUGGUGGCAUGGGUGGAAGUCCUAUGCAGUCACCCCACAUGAUGGGAGGACCGAUGGGUGGCCUGGGACCACCGGGAAACGGACCGCCGAAUCAUCACCAUCAUAUGAACAUGUUUGGCCCCAAACCGAUGCCAGUUACAUCGGGUAAACUGUAUCCGCCGGAUCAAUCGAAGGUGUUCAACCCGCAAAAUCCCAACGCGCCCCCGAUCUAUCCAUGCGGUGGAUGUCACAAGGAGGUGCACGACAACGAUCAAGGCAUUCUGUGCGAAUCCGGCUGCAACUUCUGGUUUCAUAGAACGUGCAGCGGCCUGACGGAGGCAGCUUUCAACUUUAUCCACACCGAAGUGUACGCCGAGUGGUGCUGCGACAAGUGUCUAUCUUCCAAGAACAUACCGCUGGUAAAGUUUAAACCGUAGUCCGUGGUUGCCGCCUCUGCCCUGGUUGUGUUGCUGUAAUUGGUGCAAGCGACGACGAUCGCCAUGAGAAGUAUCCUUUUGUUAGUCAACCCUACACCGUAACAUCAAAUCACAACUCUCGAGGUAUAGCCCAUCAUCUCUGGUAGUACGAGGCGGGGUAAAAUAUUUGGCUAAAGAUUUUUUCAAAACAACUGAUUGCGUCUUUAUUGAGCUAAAAGUGCGUGUACGUGUUUGUAUGUUUUCAAGAUGUGUGUUCAAGUGCAAGGCGAAUAAUUUGUAAAUAGAUAUUAAUUGUGCAUGAAUGAUGAAUUUGUAUAAAACGUGUAAAAGUGUUAAGAGCGCUAAGAAUUAAGUUGAAGACGCAAUACAAACUGAAUCCAUGGUAACUUUUUGGAUAAUGGCCAUAAAAAAGACAACUACUUCAGUUGGCAGUAGAAAGUAAUGUGAAAAAAUUAUAUUUAAAACAUCAAAAUAAGUUUGCUAUGAUUUGUUUUACCAGAUUGGACGCCUACUGGUUUCAACAGAAAUAGCUAAUGUUUUCAGAAGGAAAUUGACUGCUUACUUAACGGAAAGUUACAAAACUAAAUAAAGGAAUAAAAAACAGCGACAUUUUAGUGUUCUUAGAAACCUAUGAGAGAGAGACAACAAAGCAAAUGCAGUAGGUAGUUAAACAGAAAAAUUAAAAACACAAUACAUAAAUAAAUGGAACCACAGCGCCAUAGAUGAGUCAGCUUUUUUUAUUAUUUUUUUCCUGACUUGAAACAAAACGACACAGAAUUGAAUGAAAAAAUAUGUAUAAAAACGACAUUUGAAGAUAAAAAACGCGAGCAAUGCUUUAUAAGAGUUGGAAGUGAGAAAAAUCGAAGCAAGUUAAAAUCUAAGUUUUAGUGCGGUAAGAAAAUAAAAUCAAAAAUGGCCUUCUCAAAUAUAUACACAGAUAAAGUAUGGUUUACUUAUUAUGAACAAAAAAGAUAAAAACACAGAAAAAACGAAAAAGAUAAGUAAGUCAAAUAUUUAAAUUAUUUUAACGCUAGUUCUGAUCAGCGGAAGAAAAACAAUGUUAAAUUCAUGCUUUCACUGUGAAACAAGAAGAAAAAACGUUAUUCAUAUUAAGUGUAUUUUAAAACGAUCUGUAUUUUGGCGAAAGUAACCAUUUAUGUUCACCAACAAACCCGUUUUACUUCACAGAAAAGCUUAGUUGUCAUUUUGUUUUUGAAAAAAUUAUGCAGCAAUUUUUUUCGCCAUUUUCGGAAGUCUCCUCGUCAAAUCCGUUCCCAGUAAAAAAUACCGUUUCCAGUAUGUCGGGUCGCAAAAUUUAAGUCCAUUUCCACCAUAACCCUCCCACAGAGAAGAAAAACGUUCGUUCAAUACCGCGUGUCGAAUAAAUUAGUAAGCUAUGUAGGAAAAGCUAAAAUCACACAUCUAAACUAAGAGAACAAGAGAGAUUAUUCACUGACAAAGCGACACGCUUAUUAACGCUUUCUCGCGCGAUUAUGUUCAGCUCAAGCCGAAGCACACGUGUUGUGCGUGUGGGUCGAGCGCUCCUUUAACCUUAUUGUUUCUGUUUAAGUUAGGUUCAAUUUGAAAUUAAAAUAGUAGAAAAAAAACAGGAAGAUAAAAUCCGUACCAUAAAUGGGAUUCGUAUAUGGGACAUAGGAAAACUAAUAUCUCGAAAAUUUCAAUGUUCCUUUUUGAAGUGCCGCAAUGGCAUGUUUUCUAUUGAAAUUCCUCAGCAACCGUACCCAGAAAAUAAAAACCUUUUCAAGGAUCGUUUUCUUUCGUUCGAUUUCGCGUUUAGCAUUUGGUCAUUUUUCGUUGCGCUGCAACAUACUGAAACUCUCGAGAAAUUGGAAACAGAAGUAAAAACGCGAAUGAAUGCUACUACAAAAAAAGGAAUAAUGAUAAAGCAAAACUUGACGUUGUAAGAGGAUACGUUCUAUUUUUCGGUUGAUUCUUGUAACCUGUGUUUAAAUUCCUUGUACAUAUAGAUUGUAGUUACUAUUAUUUGUUAUUUUUUACUAUAACUAAUAAAUUUUAAUAAAUCUUAAA